AUGUCGUCGUCGAGAUAUCCUCCACCAGCAAGAGAUCGCUCCCCUCCUCGGUACGAUCGUAGAUCUUCUACCACCUACACUCCACUAGGCUCUUCUUACCGAGGACAGGCAGAUUCCACACCACUUACUUCAGAUAGGCCGGUGCCUCGUGGACCGAAGGCUGACUUUCGAGGCGCUUAUCAAUUUUCCCCCGCUCCUCGUGGCCGUGGGGGAUUUCCGGCACGCGCCGGCGAUACCUGGGACAGAGACCGCGAGCGAGAAAGAGAGCGAGACCGCGACCGCGAACGGGAUCGUGACCGGGAUGCUCGGCCGGGGCUUCAGUCCUACAGGUCACGUGAUGACGAAAGGGCAGACUGGCCCAGACGGGAUCGCGACUUCGGAACUGCUGAUCGAGGUGUAACGUCUACCAGAGAGAGCCGCCCAUAUACCACCAGGGAUCGGUCCGCUUCUCCAAUCCGUCCUCAGAGAGACUCCCGUGAGUCCAUUGCCUCCACUUUUGGUCGCCCGCCUGAUUCAGCGUCAUCAUACUAUGCUCCGGCAGCGCGAGGCGGCUUGGGUCGUGGUAGAGGUAGGGGUGAUUGGGAUAGAGGUAGAGGAAGGAACUCUUUCGUAGGUGAGCGAGAUCGGGAUCUCUUCCAUCCACGAAGUCGUUCCCGGGAGAGUUGGCGGGAUCGUGAUUUCGAACGUGGCCGUCCGCCACCCUCAGACGUUGACCGUCCAGACCGAUAUGAACGACGAGACUAUGAUCGCAGUAGAGAGCGUGAAGGCAGAGGACGUGACCACGACAUCUGGCAGAGGGACCAAUCCCCCGCCAAGAGCUCCACUGGCAACGCCGGAGCAUCCGUUGCGACACCCUCUGCCUCUACCACCGAUCGAGCAGGAAAAUCUGAAUAUGAUCCUGGAAGAAGACUGUCUGUUGUGGCUACUCCGACGAGCUCGAUACGGGAUGGUCGACGGGAUGGAGACUCGUCGGAUUAUUUUGGAACCUCCCGGGUGGACACGUCCCGUCGCGACCCUUCUCAAAGCACACAGCAAACUUCCACUGCCGCUGGACUUGAUUAUGGCCCUCCUCCAACGUUGCCGCCUGCCACCACGCCUGCAGCUGAAAAGCCGGCGGGCCCCAAGCCACAGCCUCCGAAGACUGAGCCAGCGACGAAUUCAUCGCCACCGUUCCAACCACCUAGCGGACCGAAGGCUGUCAGGGUAGCUUCCGCAGUAAAUAUCAAUCAGGCCCAGAAGACGCCUCAGCAUCAUGAUACGUGGUCUCGUCCUGAGUCAGGGUCACGGCCCAUUCGACCAAGUCUGAGCGCGGCAACAAGAAACGCCUCCCCGGACGGCGGAGCGAAGAAAGAAGAGCCCGCAACCGACCCCAAACCUCCUGUCGCACCGGCAGUUGACCGUUCGAUGCCUCCCAAUGUUCCCUCUGGCCCUCGAUUGAGCACGGCACCACCAUAUAAACAAAGAUUGCCUUCAACUGAACCAGCAGGUCCUGCUCCUCCUCCUCCUCCUCCUCCUCCGUCUACUCCUACUCCUACUCCUACUGCGCCGCGAGAGCCCUCCAAAUCGACAGCGCUGGAUAAUAGGCCGUCGGCCAUUCCCACAGGACCACGUCUCGAUAGAGAAGUUGCUAGGCCGAUGCUAGGUACUGGCUCAAAAAUAUGGGUCUCUCCGGAUUAUAAGCCGAAGCCUUCCAUUAUGAACGCAAUGAUCAAGCCGCACCAAUCUGAGCCUCGUGACAGGCCGGGAUUUAUCCCAACCGGGCCUAGACAGCAAACAAUAUUUCACGGUUCGGCAGAUAAGGCCCGCAUUUCGCAGUCUGCUCUAAAUGCCAUGCCCUCAGCGCCGUCAGGCCCUAAGGCGUUGGUGUCACCAAGUCCUAAGAUUCAAGAAGCGAAAAUGACUCUCCUUCCUCCGCGCCAACCCAUUGAUGAGCUCCAGCGAUCCGACGAUGUAGAGAUGUCUGUACCCGCUUCGAGCGAGGAUGAAGACGAAGCAGAGGAUGAUUCAUUUGACGAAGAAUACUUUGUAGAAUCCGAAGAAAGGUUCCGGCAAGAGAUGGAUUUGCUUGAGGCUAGAAAGCCGCCCCCUCUUCUACAAGACGGGACUAUCGUGUCCCUCCUAAUCAAAUUGCAGUUUCUUGAGAUGAUGUUGAAGGAUAAUCUACCCACCCCGAGUUCUGCUCCCGUGGAAGUCACUCAGGAGAUCCCCGCUCCUAUCGUUGUUCCAACAGGUCUACCAUCUCCAGAUCAAGCCUCGAAUGAGACGGAUGGCAAAUUAGAAGAGGAGCCUUAUCCCAAAGGAAGACCGUUGAAGCAGCCCCCGGUGAAUCCCAUUCCGACACCACCAAUUGAAGAUUUGCCAUAUCUUCAACCAAAAGCGUCUGAGAGAAUUGUCUUUGAGGAAUCUGACGACGAAGUCGAACAUGAAGCUGUCUCCAUACUUCUUCAACAGGAAUUCGAGCGUAGUGCUUGGGACUGGAGGGCCGACCUUGAGGAUAUGCGUGUGGAGUUCAGGCGGAAGUAUCCUUUGUGGAAGCAAGAAAUCGCUCAAUUGGAACAAGAAAGACGCGAGCAACAAGCAAGUCCUGCUCCAGCGUCCCCGGCCCCUUGCGCUGCACCUUCGGUCACCCCUUCAUUGACACACGAACGGACUCGAGGGGCGAGGAAUACCACCGAGGCAGAUCUGCAGGCUGCAAUCUUAAUGUCUCAACAGUCACUGAAAGAAGAGGAGGAGCGAAGAGAACGGGAAGCAGCAUCCAGCUCCUUACCAAACUAUGACACAGAGGCGGUCAUUCCCCCGAUGCUUAAGCCUGCAGAGGUUGAGUUGGCCAAAUUUGAGGAAACAAACCGCUUAAUCCCAGAAGAAAUUGCUCUGGACGUUUUCGCAUAUCUUCCCCCAGAAGACGAUUUCACCGAAGACGAACAGACUCUCUUCAUCACAGCCUAUUGUCAAAACCCGAAGAAAUGGGGUAAGAUUGCUGAGUCACUCCCUGGCCGGUCAUAUCAAGACUGCAUCGCACAUUACUAUUUGACCAAGAAUCAAGUGCAUUAUAAGGACAUCUGGAGACGGUCUCAACCUCGGAAGCGACGUGGCAGGGCCGCGACCAAGCCUCGUUCGACCGCUCUGAUGUCGGAAUUGGUCUAUGGUGAUGAUUCGGAGUCAGUGCCCAUUGCUGUCACGGACAGCGGAAGACCGAGGCGAGCUGCGGCACCGACAUUUGGAGAUCCUCCUAGCGAGGCUGAUUCUUCGACACCCGUACCACAGUCAAAGAAACUCACUGCUGCUUUGAAAGAUGGUAGCGCGGAGCCCGUUCCCGGGAAAUCGACGCGAGGCCGCAAAGCGGGAAUUGCCACCAAGACGCGAAGGACCAAGGCGCAGAUGCAGGCAGAUCAGCAGGCAUUGCUGCUGAGUGCGGCCGAAGCGUCGCCAGGCAAAACUGCCGCUGGAAGUAAAGCCGAGAGAGGACGAUCCCUGCUUCGUACCGAGAAUGUACGCAUCGGAGCUGAUGGACCACCUAUCCCUCAAGUCCAACGCGAGGUCGACGUUGUCAUGCCAAAAUAUCCCGUGUCUGACCUUCCAGCGGUCUCUCCAGCGGUUCAGAAUCCCAUCACAUCUCAAGUGACCAGUUAUUGGUCGGUGCCUGAGCAACAUAAGUUUCCAAAUCUCCUGGCGUACUUUGGUCGUGAUUUUGCCGCAAUAGCGGACUUCAUGAAGACUAAAAGCGCCACCAUGAUCAAGAACUAUUACAUUCGGCAAAUCAAUGACGGCAAAGAAGAGUUGGAGAAACUGGCGCAGCUUGGUGAGCAGAACCGAUUGGCAGGCAAGGCUAUCGGUCAACCACCAAGCCCAAUUGCUCCCCCAAAACGCCGAUGUGAAACCACGUCGUCGAUGGGCUCCGUUAAUCGCCAUGCGACCCAAAUUGAGCAGCAUCUUGUCGACCCCGAUCCGCAGGUUCCGAUUAUCAAGCAGGGUGUGGUUGAGGAAUUCCCUCGCAACACAGUGGAAAGAAAUGCCACCGGCGAAAUCGUCUCUAAACCUCAAGCCGUCGUCCCGGAGGUCAUUCGUGAAGCCUCAUUGCCUGGACCGACUCCAGUCAAAAGCGAGGAGCUUGCAAGGUUAUCCAAUGACCGCACCCCCUUAUAUGCGCCCAAAUCUAUGCAUGGUCCGAGAACUGGGGUGUUCCAGGAAGAGCAUAUCGGGUUCCAAUCUUCUCGACACACUUUACGACUCCCUCUCCAAGAGCAUUCGCCGCAGAUGCUUCCUCAACGCCUUGCCGAGAUGCCUCGAACCACGUUGACUCAGCCAAGUCCAAUGCCCACAGGCGCGCCGAGCAACCUGGGCCCGCGAGAGCCUGUGGUUCAAUCACAGCAAAGACCUCCAGCCACUUCAACGCCAUCAACUCAGGGUCAGCAGUCACAAGGGGAUAAAUACGGGCAACAAACUGUAUUCAGAUCCAGUCACAGCCGCAACGGUAGCUCGACGACCCCCCGCCGUCUACCCUUGGACCCGCCUCCAGACCUUUCCUCGCUUCGCCGCGUGGAAAACCAACGUCCACCGUAUGGAGCCAGUGCGGCCGGCUCUCCAGCACCGACACCAACGUCAAUACCUGCCUCUCAGCCAGUUCGAGCUGAGGUGCCCCAUCCUGCCCCUGCCCCUCCACCAGCCGAACCUCCUAAACCUCCAGCCAAACGUUCCAACGUGUUUGGUCUCCUCAAUGACGAUCCGCCGGAUCCACCGCCCAAACGACCAUCUUUGGAAGCGCCAAAACGACAGUCUCAUCUCUCACCACAAAUUGCACCUGUCCCGGCGCCACAGCCUUUGUUGCAACAACCCCGGGCCCAGAUUCACGCCGAUGAUACAGGAAUCAAUCGAGCGGUCAGAGGGGCAUUCAACCUUAGUGGUGUUCUUCAAACGGGCCCUGGACAGCAGCAAUCGGGUGAGUAUCCUAGCGGCUUUUCAGCUACUCCUGUAACUGCUCCCAGUAACGAGACGUGGAUGGAUCGGUUUGAUCCACGCCCUCAAGCCCCCCCCCCUGAUCAGCGGAGCCACCAUCACUCUCCAGCUCCAAGUCAUUAUUCUGCCGUGCCCACGACGUCGCAGCAGAGUGCCGUACCUGCCUUGCAUUCGUUGCGAAUUGACACCCCGAGAACCUUGGAGCGGGCCGGAAUGGAUCAUCGGCGGACGCUCUUGGGCCAGAUGAAUCAGAUGCCACAUGCUCCCUCUCCGCCGCCUCAACAACCGACGCAAGCCCAACCGGUGCAACAGUAUCGAUCAACGUCUAGUUCCUCGCAUCAUGCCCGAGUGCCAUCCGUUGGAUACCCUCCUGCUCAGAACCCUAGCCACCAACAAGUGGCACCAAGUCACCCGCAGUCAGCCAGCUCGACACCCGUCCCGGGUCUUCACCAACGUGCUCAACCGUCUCUCGAUUAUCAGCGUCGGUUAACUAUCCAACAACAUAUGGCCCAACAAAACCAGCAAAAACAACAGGAGCAGCAACGUGAACAAGAACGACUACAACGGCCACCGGGAAUGGAGGCCGCUCCGCGUGAACGUGAACGAGAGCGCGAACGCGAACGCGAGCGCGAGCGUCAACAACAACAGCAGCAGCAGCAACAACCACAACCUCCUCUAAGGCGAGAAAUCUACGGGCUCGAACAUCAUCCAUCAUCUACUGUUUCUCAUCAAAACCAAUUGGGCGCAGUGGCGAACCAGAGCCAUAUGGCGUUCGCGCAACGUGAGAUCUCAAGAACAUUUACACCUCCUCACUCUCAAUAUCCCAGCACCGGUCCUGGCGGAGUAGGUCACGUGCAUAGCCUGCAGCAUCAACAUCAACAUCAACACCCACACCCACACCCACACCCACACCAACACCAACCUGGACCUCCUCCACCGCAGCCACAGGGGGGAACGGCAGGGCCUGGACCAUCGCAUCAAUUGCAUCAUAUUCACCACCACCAACAACAUCUGUCGCAAGUGCUCCAUCCUGGAGUGUCGGACCAUUUUCGGGCUUUGAGCCAAAGUGGAGAGCCCCGGCGCGAAGAUAGACGAUGA